CCAACAUCUCAAACUCAGCUGCUCUUUCUCUUCUCUCCUCUUCUUCUCUCCUCCUCUUCUCUCCUCCUCUUCUCUCCUCCGUUCUGCUCCUCUCUUCCAGGCGAAUGAACAAAUACAGCCUGAAAAAAAGCGAGAGAGAGAGAGAGAGAGAGAGAGAGAGCGAGAGAGAGAGAGAGAGAGAGAGAGAGAAAACACACAAGGCAAAAAUACAGGAGGUUAAUAGUCAGACUGGGGAGUUAGCAGCUUGUUUCCUGGAGUGAGUCGUCCCAGCUGAACACCGUGGAGAGAAUAGUAACCAAUCAUCUCUUCGUGUGUGUGUGUGUGUCCAGACAGAGAAGAGUGGAAUAGUAGGAGCUAGUUUUAGGGGAAGCUGGACCACAGAUCCUCUGCCAACUGAAAGAGGAGCAGCAGCAGACAACUCCAAGAAGAGAAACAUACUGUGGAGAAAUUGAAGAGUUUGCGCCUGAUGGAAUGAGAAGAAACUGAAAGACACACAAAGAGACUGAAAGAGAAAGUCAAGGAGGGAGAGAAAGAGAGACCCUUCUGGUUAAUCGAAUCAAGAUAAAUUCUUUCGGUGUUCUUCUCUGCUCUGCAAAGUGUGACGACCCUCCAUUUCCCCUCUCCACCUCCCCUCACCCCUUCUCCCUCUCCUCCCCCUGUCCUCAUCUCACCUGAGAUGGGCCGGCUGCUGGCCUUAUCCCUGGCCUACCUGGCUUACCUGUCGACUGCAGUGAUUGGCUCAGAGAAGAAGCAGCACCUGGUGCAACAUGGACCCUGCAGUUACACUUUCAUACUCCCUGAGGUGGAACACUGCCAACCCCUCAAAGACUACCAGGUCACCAACUCCCUCCAGAGGGACUUCCCACCACCGCCAGCCCCUGACCCAGGAUCGAGUCACCCUGAGCAGGCCAAAGACCAGCACGCUAGGCCCUCGCGGCAGGAGAGGAAGCUGGAGAGUCUGCGGAGCUCCACAGAGAAUAAUACACAGUGGUUGCAAAAGCUGGAGAGGUCCAUCCAGGAGAACCUGCGUUCUGGGAUGGAGGAGAUGAAGAGGAACGCUGUUCACACCCAGACGGCGGCCAUGUUGGAGAUCGGGACCAACCUUCUCAGCCAAUCAGCUGAGCAGACCCGCAAACUGACAGAUGUGGAGACCAAGGUGCUGAACCAGACCAGUAGAAUGGAGAUUCAGCUGUUAGAGUAUUCUCUGUUCACUGACCGUCUAGAGAAACACAUCCUCCAGCAGAAUCAGGAGAUCUCAAGACUCAACGAUAAAAGCAGUUUGCUAGAGCAAAGGUUCUCAGCUUUAGAGGCCAGGCACGUUAAGGAGCUCCAGGGUCUGCAGAGGGAAAAACAGCAGCUGCAGGACAUGCUGGAGAUACAGAGGCGCCUGGUCACCCAGCUACAGGGAGAGCUGGGGACCUCCACACACAACAGCACACUACUGCAGAAACAGCAGGCUAUACUGACUGACACAGUGCAGCAGCUGCUAGCCAUGGUCACCCACUACAAUGAUAUACCCACUACACCCAAAGAGGAGCCAGUGAUAUUCAGAAACUGUGCUGAAAUCUUCAGAUCUGGGCUCACAGAGAAUGGUGUCCACAGCAUACGACCCCCAAACUCUACCCACACAGUUAAGGUGUUCUGUGAUAUGAAGACGAGAGGUGGAGGCUGGACCGUGCUGCAGCAUCGUAGAGACGGAGCCGUGGAUUUCCACCGUGGAUGGAAGGAUUACAAGAUGGGUUUUGGGGAUCCCUCGGGAGAGUACUGGGCAGGAAAUGACAUCAUCCACCUGCUGACCAGCUCUCAAGAGUACAGUCUCCAGGUGCAGCUGAAGGAUGCUGAGGGGAACGAAGCUUACUCCCACUACAGUCACUUCUAUAUAGAUGCAGAGGACAAAAACUACAGUCUCCAUGCCCAGGGGUUCAGUGGUACUGCUGGCCGCACCAGUAGCCUGACUCACCCUGGGACCCAGUUCAGCACCAAGGACCGAGACAACGACCGCUGCUCCUGCAAGUGUGCCCAGAUGGCUUCUGGAGGUUGGUGGUUCGAGGCGUGUGGUCCCUCCAACCUGAACGGUAUCUACUACGCUGGCGUCUCCAACGUGGUCCGUUACAACGGCAUCAAGUGGUACUACUGGAAGGGCACCAGCCUCAUGGCUACCGUGACGACCAUGAUGGUUCGACCCGCAAGCUUCUGAGGCACAACGGCGGCGAUCGAGCGAUUCUCGAAUAAUGAUGUUUGACAGAAAUGUGGAAGAUGAUACUUGAGUGGAGAUUUUUUAGACGUUUUUAAUUGACUGUAUUUGAAAAUGACAGAUCAUUUAUUUUCUGAAAUGUGUUCCGUUUUUAGAAAUGUUUACCGCUGAAAUGGCACUUAGGCUUACGCCGUAAAUGUGUGUUUUAUAAUGUGAUUGUACAUAUAUUGUGGACGCAUAAUGGUAUAUUAUGGCUUACUGCUACCCCCCUUUGACUUUCGUUGUUCAUAAAACUUUAAAAGUAAUUUUUCCUAACUGUUUCCCGCUAUGCCACUCAGAGAUGCUUGUAAAAACCUUUCU